AUGCGCCGCGGGAAGGCGACGGAAAAGCCCCCCCGCGACCCCCCAACCUCGGCGCCGACGAAAGAAGAAACGGGAAAGGGACGGGGAAAGCGCCCACGGGCGCCGCCGCCACGCGAGCGCGAGGAUGGGGAAACGCGGCCCCGCGUGGAGGAUCUCGGGCGCGUUGCCCCCCCUUCCCCUUCGUGGAUCCCCUUAGAGGGGAGGGAUGUCAUCGAUUUAACGCAACUCCCGGAGUCGACGCCACGAACGGUGGCGAAACACGUUCCCGCCGCGUCGGGGGCAUCGGACUUUUCCGAAGUUUCUCGGCAGCUUCUUUUUGACGACGACGAAAAGGAAAAGGAAAAGGCUCCUUCCGUCGUGGCGGCGGAGAUCCCUUCUGGAUGGGGAAGUGAGGCAACGAAGUUUUUUGAUCCCACCACCUACUGCGAUAACCCCGCCAAAGCGAACGUUCGGGAGGAGAUGCCUACGCAACGCAUCCGUGCGCGGCGGCAGAUCGAACUUCCGGCGUACUUAGCCUACCUCGAUGACUUUUAG